UAAUAAAUCUAUAUUCUCAGCAAAAACAGAACAUGGCUGACGUAUCACGAAAAAAGGCACAUUUAAAACAUGCAAAAAGAAGGCUUGAAGCUCUAAAUUUCUUGUCUAACAUUUCACUCGACGGGACUCUACCUUCUAAGGAAACGUCUGAAAUAUCCAACAAAGAAAAUGAUAAAUUUGACGCAGAGAAUGGCACCGAUUUGGGGACCAAAUGUCUGGAGAGUUCUCGCAGCGAGAAGAACGCAGCAACUGGAGGAAUAUCUACCGGGCCAGUGCCCGGGUUGAAUCAAGCUAGGUCUAUGGUGGACACGCCCAAUAGCAGCACGGGUAAUCGAGCUCGAAGCCGAAGUAGGCGAACGUCCGGUGGAGAAAAGAGUCCUCCAUUCAGCUCUUACAAACAUGAUUCACCCUUUUAUCAUUCAAGCAGUAGCUUCUCAGGAUCCAGUGAAUACUCCAAGAGGCGUCUCUUUCACCACCAGCAGUCCACGGACUUCUCGGGCUCACUCACCUUGGUAACCGAGGGAGAGACUUGUAUGCUUCCCUCGUCACAAGCGACGUGCUCCGUUGAGUCUCCGAAAGAGCGCUCCCCUCCCUGUGGAUUUCAGUUACCUGUGUCUAAAACAUUCCGUCGGCGCAUGUGUAGAAAUGAAAGAAUGCUGCUAGUUACACCACACCAUUCGCCCUUUGUGAUGUACUCUCUCUUGCCAUACACCAGGCGAAGUCAACUUGGUAUUUACAGGAAGGAAUCAGAAGCAGGCUCUUUUGCAAGGACAAGACGGACGUCCGGGAGUAAACCUCUGACAGUCAGAAGCGAUGAUUUCCUGGCCAAGUUGGAUGGUGUGGAGCUUGGAGAUGAAGGGACUGUUGUAUCAUUCAGUCACUUCUUGGUGCCCAACAGAGAGAUCAGUUUGAUCCUGUAUCGAAGGCACCUCCAGGAGCGUGAACAACUCUCCUCGGCCUCCCCUCACUCUCCUGCGAUACGCAAGAUGACCCUCACCAAUGUCUCACCGCUCCAGUGGGACAAAAUUGAAGUCGAUGGUCACACAACUGAUCACCCAUCCCUCGCUCAACGAAUCUACGACCCUGUUGAACUUGACGAUCCGGAACUCAGUCUUGGAAAGCAUCGCAAACUUCUUACUUUUUCAUCGUAUAUGGUAUCUGUUGUGGAUUACACCAAACCAUCAGAGUUGAAGAAGGAACUGAACAAUAAAUUCAAAGAACGAUUUCCAAACAUAGAUCUGAGUCUGAGUAAACUACGAAGUUUAAAACGUGAGAUGAAGAAGGUUUCAGACAACUGCUCGCUUGAUCCAUGGAUCUUAGCUGUCAGCUACGUCUAUUUUGAGAAGCUUGUUAUGCAUCGGAAGAUCAAUAAGGAGAAUCGGAAAUCGUGCUCAGGUACUGCCCUACUGCUUGCAGCCAAAUUGAACGAUGUGAAAGGAGCUGAUCUGCAAAACCUGAUCAAGGAAAUCGAGUCUGUGUUCCGGGAGAGCCGUAAGACCCUCAUUGCCUUUGAGUUCCCGAUCCUGGUCGCCCUGGAGUUCUCACUCCAUGUCCCUGAACACGAAGUCAUGCCCCACUACAAACGCAUCAUUCAACAAUCAUGACAUCGCAAGUCACCAACACAGCUACACAGGCCCCGUCUUACAAAGAGUUGCGAUUGAUCUGAUCAACCAUAACUAUGGAAAGCCAGCAACAUCAACAUUUAAAAUGGACGUUCGCUCAAAAUGUUGUCUAAAUAUGCUAUAAAAUCAUACAUUCAUUGACUUUUUUUUAAUUUCAGUGUACUUCUCUUUGUGUACAAAGGAUAUUGGGCAAAUUUUUUGUAGAAAAAGAUUAAGACAUCAAUAGAUAUCCAUACAGUUGAUGUUGAUUGGAUCAAUCAUAGCUCUUUGUAAGACGGGGCCCCAGUAUACAGUUCCGUUCAGAUUUUAGCUGUAGCUGAUGGGAUUCAGUAAGACUGAUAAUCUGAUUUAGCAACCAAGUAAAGGUCAACGGGGUCUCGUAAUGCAAAAAUUAGUGGUUAAUCGUACGAUUGCUGUCGAUGCAAUCAAUCAUCAAAAGAUUUUCUACAUUCAUUUUUAUAUCAUUGCUAAGCUUUGUGUUACGGGCCCCAGUUGUUCUUGUAGCCAGGCAUCAAGGUGUUAUGAAAUGUUACCCUGGUCCAACAUACAGUUUCUGAGUCUAGCUUAUAAAAUUUUGUUGGCACGACAUGUCAAAAUAUGAAAUGUUAUGGUUCAUGUUGACAAGAUGACAGUAGCACCUUUUGACUAGCCCAUGUUGAUAUUAGACCAAUUGAUUAUUGGACCAAAUGGCAAUUAGACCAUUUCGAGUUUUAGACCAAUCGGGGUUAGCCAUACCAGUGCCAAAAUUAUCCACAAUCAGACCAAACAGUACAAGACUAUAAAGUGGAUAUGCCUGUACAAAAUAUAUAAAUCAUGGCUGAUAUAUUACAUUUGUACCCUCUGGCCAGCUCAUUAACAUUGUUGUAUGCAAAAUCUGAUCAGCAUUAUUUGUUAGCAAUGAAGUAUCCAUAGUUGUAGUAUAUAAUUCAGAGACCUUUAUGCAGUAUGUGCAUGAUAUCUUUAUAGUUUCAUAUACAGCAAUAUGCCUAAGCGUUGUGGUGUAGCGGUUCUGACUCUCGCCUUGAAAUCAGAGGGUCGUGUGUUAGAAUACCACCAUGGCCUAGCGUCCUUU